AUGACGCACGCGUCGCCGACGCGCGAGACGCGCGAACCGCUGUUCCCCGGCGCGAGGCGAGGGAAAGUCGCGACGAGCGCGGGUCUCUCGGGAAAGAGCGACGACCGACGACGACCGACGGCGCGGCGGUUGGGAUUCGCGAGCGAGAAAGAUAAGGCGAUCGAUGACGAACUCGAAGCGCGCGAACGCUCGGGGACGAAGGAGGCGGAGGUGUACUGCGUGAGUCGACCGUUUCAAGAGUGGGGGAAGGGGAUAUUCUCGGCGUUGCCGCGAGGCGCGAGAGAGGCGCUGUUGACAGCGGGCGUGGCGCACUUCAUGCUGGUGUACAGAGAUUUGAAAACGGGUGAGAUGCGACAGUUUGAUUUCGGACCGGUGGGUGGAGACGUGCACGAUCGUUGGUUGGCGCUGGCGGGCGGGAAGACGCUGAGAUCGAGCGAACAAGGCGCGCGGGAAACGGUGUACGCGAUGACGAGAGGUCGCGUGGGCAGGCACAGAGCGCGAAGGAAGUCGUCGUGCGUACAGGGGGAGAUUAGAGAUCACAAAGUGCGUUCGUUACCCGAUGGAGCAUAUCUCGUGGGGACGACACACUUGUCGCUCGACGAUAUUCGCGGUUUCAACGACGCUCGCGACAUGGUGUACGAGUUACACGUGAACGAUUGCCGGCAUUACCUCAACGACUUGUGCUACUACUUGACGCGAGAAACCGCGGUGAGCAGUAAGUUUGUGAAGCACGGCAUCAUGAAGAGACUAGAGGAGAAUAAGGGACGAAUUUGGGAGCAUCACCUGUGGUUAACCAAGGCUUUGACGGACGUCGAGAACGUAGAAAAUUGGAACAAGGCGGGGCGAUUCGCCAGCGCGACGCUCAUGUUCGGCAUGGGCACUCGCUUCAUGCCAUUUGUUCCGGCUAAACGAUUCGUGACGUGGGGAUCGGGCGUCGUGGCGGGAACUUCCGAAAACGUCCCCAUCGUUCGCGAAGUGCUUUCGUUCGGAGGAUUUCUCGUGGAGACCGGGAGGUCGGCGCUGUCGUUAGCUCUCGAUGCACAAAAUAGCGUCACAAAAAGUAUCGCCAAAGGCGUCGAGGCGCAACUUUUACGCACGAGAUGGAAACUACCAAUGCCGAGAGGUGCCAAGUUGACGCGCGCGAAGUCGGUUGAGGACUCGUCGCCGUUGAAAAUCGGACUUCGAGUGUCUCCAUCCUCACUCACACUUCCCGCGGUCGCCGCGUCGGCGACCAAAGCCGUUCGAUCAGUGGUCUCAAAUGGCGCCAUUCGGCGCUUGCAACGACAGGGACGGGUCGAGAUUUCAUCGUAG